AUGUUGGGUAGGGUUAGGGUAGGGUUGGGUACAAUGACAGAUAUAUGCAAUGUUAGCAGAAGCACUAGCAGAACAGAGUGUGAAGAUGGGGAGAAGAUCGGUGCCAAUCCCAAAGGAUGGAAGGGAGACGAUUGUAUGGUUGUGGGGCGGUUGUGGAAAGGAGGCGGGGAGCGACAUGUGGCGCAGUGGAUGGGCUUGGAGGAUCGAUCUGUUGAGGGAUGGAUGUGA